AUGGCUGCACUGCAGAGGCUCCUGUGGCCUCCGCCUCGGCUCCCGCCUCCACCCUACCCUCACCAUCCCUUUCCUGGGCCGUGGGGGCGGCCUGAGGGGUUAGCCCUGGGCCCGCCUGGCCGGCCCUUCUCCUGCCGGGAGGAGGAAGAGGGGGCUGUGGCUGAGGCGGCUUGGAGACGGCGGAGGAGUUGGGGGGAGCUGAGCAUCGCGGCGGCGGCCAGCGGGGGUCUGGUCGGCCUUGUGUGCUACCACCAGCUGUAUGGGGACCCUCGGGCCGACUCCGCGUGGGCGCCUGCCCCUGGGCGGCCCUGCUCGGCCGCAGAGCCAGAGGACCCACCCCGCGGCCAGGGUCUGCUUCCCAUCCCGGUUGCGGCUGCCAAGGAAACGGUUGCUAUCAACAGAACAGACAUUGAAGACUUAGACCUCUAUGCUACAUCUCGGGAAAGGAGAUUUCGUUUGUUUGCUUCUAUAGAAUGUGAAGGGCAGUUAUUCAUGACUCCGUAUGAUUUUAUUUUGGCUGUUACAACAGAUGAGCCCAAAUUUGUUAAAACAUGGAAGUCACUUACCAAACAGGAAUUAAAUCAAAUGUUCUCAGAAACACCACCAGUUUGGAAAGGAUCAUCAAAGCUUUUUCGUAAUCUUAAAGAAAGAGGUGUGAUUUCUUACACAGAAUAUCUUUUUCUUUUAUGUAUUUUAACAAAGCCACAUGCAGGUUUUAGAAUAGCUUUCAACAUGUUUGACACUGAUGGCAAUGAGAUGGUGGAUAAAAAGGAGUUUUUGGUGCUUCAAGAGAUAUUCAAAAAAAAUGAAAAGAGAGAAACAAAAGGAGAUGAAGAAAAGCGUGCAAUGCUGGUACUUAAAACAGAUGCUGAGGAACUUGUCUCCAGAAGCUAUUGGGAUACACUGAGACGUAAUACAAGCCAAGCACUCUUUUCAGACCUUGCAGAGCGUGCUGAUGACAUUACAAGUUUAGUAACAGAUACUACACUUCUUGUACACUUUUUUGGAAAGAAAGGAAAAGCUGAGCUCAACUUUGAAGAUUUUUAUAGAUUCAUGGAUAACCUACAGACAGAAGUUCUCGAAAUAGAAUUCCUUUCCUACUCUAAUGGGAUGAACACUAUCAGUGAAGAAGAUUUUGCUCAUAUUCUUUUACGAUAUACAAAUGUGGAGAAUACAUCAGUAUUUUUGGAAAAUGUGCGUUACAGUAUACCUGAAGAAAAGGGCAUCACAUUUGAUGAAUUCAGGUCAUUUUUCCAGUUCUUGAACAACUUGGAAGACUUCGCAAUAGCCUUGAAUAUGUAUAAUUUUGCAAGUCGUUCUAUAGGACAAGAUGAAUUUAAGCGUGCCGUCUAUGUAGCUACUGGCCUCAAACUUUCACCACAUUUAGUGAACACGGUCUUCAAGAUUUUUGACGUCGAUAAAGAUGAUCAAUUAAGUUACAAAGAAUUUAUUGGAAUUAUGAAAGACAGACUCCAUAGAGGAUUCCGGGGUUAUAAAACAGUGCAGAGGUAUCCCACUUUCAAAUCCUGUCUAAAGAAGGAACUUCAUAGCAGAUAAGUACUUCCAAAGCAAAGUUUUAAAGAUUAUUAUCUACACGACGAUGCAAGAAGCACAAAUUUCAGAGAGUGGAAGCAGGUCUGAGAUCAGAACACAUAGAAAUGAAGGAAAAGAUGAAAUGUUAAUUACAAUUUUCUUGACUGAAUUCUUGAACAUAAGACACAUAAAAUGCAUCUUCU